AUGGCAUUGCAAUUCUUGGUGCUCUACGGCUUAGGGCUGUGUCUGGCUGCUGUUGUCCUCAAGGCCGUCUACAGGCUCACCUUACAUCCUUUGGCGCGAUUUCCUGGUCCUAAAAUCGCCGCAGUCACCAAUCUAUAUGCUGUGAAUCGCGAUCUGGUUUCCAAAGACUCGCUCGUCAAGCACUUGAAGGCGCUUCACGACAAAUACGGGCCUAUCGUGAGAGUUCGACCGAAUGAGUUGCAUAUCUUCGACUGGGAUGUGUUCAAAGCAGGCUCCGAUUUCGAUCGCCCUCGCGAAUUCUAUAACGCGCCUCAAGUCGAAGGCUCUUUUCUCAACAUCAGCAACGGGCGAGUGGCGAAACCGCAUCGAGACCUUUUCGUUCAAGCGUUCUCCAAGGCCCAGAUUAAUGGACUUGAGCCACUCAUUCAUGAGAAGGUGGCGCUUUUCCUCUACCGGUUGAAGGCUGAAGCAGACCAGGAUCGGGCCAUCGACCUCGACUUGGCCUUGAACUGCCUGACCGCUGAUGUCACCAUGUAUUAUUGCUAUCAAAUGAGCCUGGGCCUUCUCGAUGCUCCCAGCUUCCGCCCCCACUUGAUUGUUGAGCUCCAUGAGUUCGCACCGAUUGUUCCCUUUUUCUGGUGUAAGUUUGCUCCCGUUCCGUAUGCGGCCGAUGUCUAG